AUGGCUUUAUUAGCUCUCAUUGCAGCUUCUUUAUUCAUGGCGAUUUCGAUUGAAGCCCGCAUUCCUGGCGCGUUCACGGGCGGGCAGUGGAUGACUGCCCACGCCACCUUCUACGGCGGGAGCGACGCCUCCGGCACUAUGGGUGGCGCUUGUGGGUACGGGAAUCUGUACAGCCAGGGGUACGGGGUGAACACGGCGGCCCUGAGCUUUGCCCUUUUCGAUAACGGGGUAAGCUGCGGCGCGUGCUUCGAGAUAAAGACAAGAGAGCCAGAACAGUCUUGGCAGCAGUACGAGGUUGGGAAGACCUCAAUCUUUGUAACUGCCACCAACAGUUGCCCACCAAACUAUGGUCUCUCCAGCGACCAGGGGGGUUGGUGCAACCCACCCAGGCCCCAUUUCGACCUCGCCAUGCCUAUGUUCCUCAAGCUCGCACCAGAGAAAAAUGGAAUUGUUCCUGUUCAAUACCGCAGAGUGCCAUGUAGGAAAAAGGGAGGCAUAAGGUUCACCAUCAACGGAUUCAACUACUUCAACCUCGUACUCGUCACCAAUGUGGCCGGUGCAGGGAAUGUUGUCCAAGUGUUUGUAAAAGGUUCCAACACACGAUGGAUUCAAAUGAGCCGAAACUGGGGCCAAAACUGGCAAACCAAUGCCGCUUUGUCCGGUCAGUCGCUCUCCUUCAGGGUUAGAGGCAGUGACGGCAGAAAAUCCACCUCAUGGAACAUUGCCCCCAAAUCUUGGCAGUUUGGACAAACAUUUAUGGGAAAGAAUUUCAGGGUUGGACCAUAUUAA